UGGAGGGGCGGGAAAGGCGGUCCUGCUGAUCUUCCUCCCCGUUUUCCUCCUUCCAAUCCGUUCUUCCGCCACGCCCGUUUCCCCUCCCUCCUUCCCUGACAGUUUCUCACUGGCCGCUGCGGGAGGAGAGUCCAGUGUAUGUGCGGCAACAACAUGUCUGCCCCGUUACCAGCCAUCGUCCCGGCCGCCAGGAAGGCCACCGCCACGGUCAUAUUUCUUCAUGGGUUAGGAGAUACUGGGCACGGGUGGGCAGAAGCAUUUGCUGGUAUCAAAAGCCCACAUAUAAAGUAUAUUUGUCCGCAUGCGCCAGUUAUGCCAGUUUCUCUAAACAUGAACAUGGCUAUGCCGUCUUGGUUUGAUAUUAUUGGACUUGCUCCAGAUUCACAGGAAGAUGAAGCUGGGAUUAAGCAAGCUUCAGAGAAUGUGAAAACACUUAUUGAGCAAGAGGUAAGGAAUGGAAUACCCUCAAGCAGAAUCAUUUUGGGAGGAUUUUCUCAGGGAGGAGCUUUAUCAUUGUACACAGCUCUCACAACACAUCAGAAGCUGGGGGGUGUUGUAGCACUUAGCUGUUGGCUUCCACUGCGGACCUCAUUUCCACAGGGUGCCAUCAACUGUGUCAACAAAGACAUUCCCAUUCUCCAGUGCCAUGGUGACCAUGAUCCUUUAGUUCCGCUUAUGUUUGGUUCUGUCACUUCUGAGACACUAAAAACUAUGUUAAAUCCUGGCAACAUAAAUUUCAAAACUUAUUCGGGCAUGAUGCAUAGUUCGUGUAUUGAGGAAAUGAGGGAUGUGAAGCAGUUUAUUGACAAGCAUCUACCUCCAAUUGACUGAAACUAUGUGAGAAGCCUUGUUAAAUGCACCAGCAUUAACUGUACGAAAUUGUUUCUUUUCAUGCAGCCAUUUCUAAAGCAUUUCUAUGCCUACAGUGUUAAUUGCAUUGCAAAGACUAGAUCACAUAACUUUGAAAAAUUAUGCUCUUUUCAAACUUCACUGGCUGUGAUGUAGGUGUACGGCAGAGGAAAAGCAUGCUAGAAUAUAAUUAGGUAUACUCCAUCCUUUAUUGCUCCAAAUUUAAAUUUGUCUGUUGAUAACUGAAUACCUCUUGCUUCAAAUAAUUGUUUAAAUGAAAACAAUUUAUGUCCAAACCUGUUUUAUUACUGCUUGCAAAACUGGCAUUCUUGUGUUGUACAUACAGUGGGUAGUAUGUAAAAUUCAAUAAGCAUGCAGUAGUAGAAUAAGUAUACUUAAAGAUCAAGUUUAAUUAAUAUUAUUGCAUGAGCAUAUCGUAAGACUUCCUGAAGUGUUGUAAAAUUUAAGCUCUCAAAGGCUCUGAGUAGCUUGGUAAAUUUCUAAAUUAAAAUAAAAAUAUAUAUUUUAUAAACAAUUUAUCUUAAAUUGUUUUUUUCUGCUACAGCAAAAUCAGGAAUGAUGCUGUGGUAUAGCCACUGAUGUGAAAAGACAAGUGCUUCUAAAAAUGAGGAAUUUAUCUCUUUGCACUUGGCACAAUGCAGUAGCUUUUUCUUUUAAAUUGUUUCAAAGACUUCAGGCCUUUGUCAAACCAGAAAUGAUAUUUUCUCCCCAAAAUACCAAAUAACCUGGUAAAUAUUUGAGAAAAAUAAAAUAUUCUGUCUUGCUCAACUAGCUAAAACAUAUACCAUUUUAAUCUAUAUUUAUACAAAUAAAACUCAGAGCAUCCUUAGUAACUUGUAUAGCUCAAGCUUCAAAAUCCUUGUACUAUUCUACUAUUCAGAAAAAGUAGUGCAGAUUUGCUGGUGAUGGGGGUCAUAAAUUUGUAGAAACAUUUGGACAUCUUUUCUCCCUUCGAGGCCAUCACUAAGGUCCCCAGAGUUUGCUAAUUGCCUUAGCAUUACAUUGCUGGUACAUACCUAUUAUUCUUAAUGUUGAAAUUACUACUUCUAGAUUUUCUUUCAUUAUCUUUUUCAAUGCCCAUGAUCCAAGCUUAGGAAUACAGUCCAACACCAGUCACUGUCACCAAUACAGGCAUUUUAAAUAGUAAAUUAUAGUUGAGUUUAUAGUGCACCAGGGAUGCUUGUUAUGUGACUUUUAGUACUUCUGUUACCUAGUUUUGCUCUGCUUUGUAUAUCACAUUCCUUGUGCCUUGCUUGGUCUUUUGUAGCUUGAGGGCCACUAUAUAUCAGCAGAACUGAGCAGUAAAGCUAUUCCUGGAGUACACAACUUCAGAUUUCAAAUGAAAUAAUUUUAGGUUUGACUGUUCCUACAUAUAUUCCUAGCCAUCUCACUAACAUGCUGAUUUCCUAUGUGCUGGGAUAGGGAAUUUGAAUGAAGGAGCACUGAAACAUGCCACCUCUCCACUUGUAGCCUGAAGCAGUACAGUUCAGAAACAGCUUUACCACUUGAUUUUUCUGAAUAGUCCUUAUAAAGUAGUAAGCAUUUCUGUACUCAGCCUUCCUUCUAAAAUAUUCAGUAUUGGGACCUCUGCAAGAACUGGUGUAUCCAGAAUUUCAAUAUGGAACCAGUGUGACUUUCCUGAGUGCUUGACCUGUUUAUACUAGAGAAUAGUUUUCUGUAUAAAUUAUAGCUCCCAGAGUAAGUCAGUCAUUAUUUAGCCACUUUAUGGUAAUGUGUAACAUUUUUUAGAACCUUGCUUUAUUAACAGAAGUUGGUCUGCUAAAAAGUAUUUCUAAUGGAAUAGAUCAGUUUUCUCUUAAAAAUCAGUAGUGAAAAUUGAUGUCUUCAUUUAUUAGAAUAGCUUCAUAUUUUAUCAACUUAUUUGUGAAACUACUGAAAUUAAAAUGGUAGUGCUUCAAGACAAGACAUUUAGUUCACUUUGGAAUGCUAGAUAUGCAACAUUUUGCUGAAAAUCAAGAUUUGAUUACCAGUAUUAGAUGACUUAAGAGUAUUUGUAUGAAGUACUUAAUUGCCAACUUGCUGAUAAAUCUUAAUUGUGCUGUAUAUCAUAGUUGUGCCAACAAAGGCAAAACUACUGGCUUCAUUGGGAAUUUUGCCCUAAUAAGAUGUAGCCUUUAUUUUUCCCUUGAGUAUUGUAUGUAAAUGCAGUGAAUUGCUGAAGGAGUACUGUACUCUAUAACUUGAUAUUUUAGAUCUGUUAAUUAAAUGUUUGCCUUAGUGAGGUGUAUUGCACUUCAUUAAACUGCAAAAUGCAUCUUUUUAUAAAUAGGUGCUAUUGACACUCAAAAUUAAUAUAGUUUAAGAAUGUAUUGUAUAGGAGGAUGUUAAUAAAGCCAUACAUUUAGGCUGAGGUAUUUUAUAAACAAGUUUAAUUUGGCUUUCCUUUAUCCUAAAUUGUAGAAAUACGAAGUUAAGGUAACAUCUUGAUUUUAUAUUUGUUUAUAGAAAAAUAUCUUGUUGAAAUGGCUUUCUUGUAGUUGAAAACUCUAACAUUACUGUGAAAUAAAUUCUGAACAAUCAAUGCAUGAACAAUUUCUUCCAGCAGAACAAAGCCUUUAUACGUGUA